AUGGCUUAUCGUACAAAAAUUUUACCACAUAAAUUCACAAAACAAGAACAAGAAUUGCAUAUAAUUUCAAAUCCAUUUGACACUACUCGACAAUAUUUACUUCAACAUGAUGAUUACGAAGCUCCAUUAACUGCACAUACGCUGAAACCAAAUUCGAAAUGGAUUACAGUACGAAAUAAUAUGCAUAAAAUUCGUAGUUGGCGUGAAGUUGAUACAUCGAAUGUUGAUGAAAAAUUUCGUGAUUGGUAUAUAUUCUUUCAAAUUAGACGUGAAUUACGACGUGCACAGGCAGAUAUCAAAGACAUUGAACAACGAUCAGAUUUUGUUCCUGUUCGUUAUUUUGAAUUACCUACUGAUUCAACACAUACUAACCGUGUUAAUGUAUCACAUGUACGGCCAACGGACAUGUUAUAUUACCCUAGUUUUGAUCGUGACCCUAUGGUUUUACAAGCAUUACUUUAUUAUUUUUCGAAAGAAUGCGCUGUACCAUAUGAAAGUGUAUUUCGCACAUUUUUAACUAAUGUUUGUUCAAUUAUAAGUCGAGAUCGAGAACGUCUUCGUCGAGCAGCUGUUUUUCGUCAAGUAGCAUUAAUUCUAGCAAUAGUUGUUUUUAUUAUUCUUGGUCUUAUGUUGAUUUCAUUGCUUCUUAGUGUAUUAGGAACAACAGCAAAUUUAUCAAGCAUGUACAACAAUGAUCCUGAUGGAGGAAUCGAAUGGCGUGAACCUUCAACAACUGUAGAGACAACUCUAAUUAAUUUUUAA